CUUCCUGUUCCUCAAUAAACAGCCCACUCCUGACACCAUGUGCUACUAUGGCAGUUUCUAUGGCGGCCUAGGCUGUGGCUCUGGCUAUGGUGGCUAUGGCUAUGGCUAUGGUGGCUAUGGUUAUGGCUGUUGCCGCCCCCUCUGCUGUAGAAGAUACUGGUCCUAUGGCCUCUACUGAGGAAUUUCCACAGCUUCACAGCCUGUAGAUUAGAGCCUGAUGGUUUAUGGGAUUUAUCUCCAAUGCUCCUCACAGGGCAAAGUUUUCAAUGCCUUUCAAUGCCAAAUACACAUCAAAAUAUCUGAAAAACAAAUAAACUACAACAUUCCAUUUUGAUUCAUCAGUAUCAAUCUUUUCUUCUAGAUUGUAGAAAAGUUCCUGUAUUCUCCAUAUUAGUCUUUAUAAAAUAUGAUCAAUGUA